GAGAGAGAGAGUUAGAGAGAGAGAGGAAAUUCUGCCUGAAAUAACAAAGAAAAUGACUUACUAUACUUAAACCCAGAGAGUCAACUGGUGCGGUGAUCACACCUCCUUUGGGAGACUAUCGACAGCUUGGUACAAGCUUUACUAUUCUAUCUACAAAUCUUCUAACUUCCAAGCUUAGUUCUCUGUAGAUACUUAUCUCACACUUUCAGUGUUGUUAAGACCAUGGCAUCCCUAGGAUGGGUCGUGGUGGUUCUAGUGGGCUUUUGGAGCCAGCUAAGCCCAGGUCAGGGAGCUAAUAAUGGGCCUGGCAGAUACCGCUACCAGCGCAGGAACUGCUACACCUGCUUCUAUGGAUACAAUGGCUACAACACGGGGCACAUGAAAGGUGCAGAUGUUGACGAAUGUCAGGUCCACAACGGAGGCUGCCACCACCGAUGCGUCAACACCAGAAGCUCGUUCUACUGCGAAUGCAACCCAGGCACCCGCCUGCACACAGAUGGCCGGACAUGCAUUGCCGUCCAGUCCUGUGCUGUCAGAAAUGGAGGCUGUGAGCAGGACUGUGUGCAGCUGUCCCCGGAUCACUACCAGUGUCACUGCAGACCCAACUAUCAUCUUGCAGAGGACAGCAAACACUGCAAGUUGAGAAACCCGUGUGCAGACAGAAAUGGAGGCUGUGUGCACACCUGUAGAAAUGAAGGAGGACGAUCUCAGUGUGACUGUCGUCCUGGAUAUACACUGGCACAGGAUGGCAAAAACUGUGAAGACAUCGACGAGUGUGAGACAGGCCAAACUCCCUGUGCCCACGGUUGCCAUAACACCCAGGGUUCCUUUACCUGUGUCUGUAACCCAGCAUACAAGUUGGGUGCCAACGGCAGGAAAUGCUAUCGUAUCGAGAUGGAGAUUGUGAACGGCGGUUGUGAGACUGCCAACGGAGGCUGUUCCCAAAAGUGCCAACACUCCGCCCUCGGACCUGUCUGUAGCUGUAACCAUGGUUACCAUCUGGACGAUGACCUCAUGACUUGUGUGGACUUGGAUGAGUGUGAGACGGGAAGCUCGUGCUGCGAGCAGGACUGUACGAACUAUCCCGGGGGUUAUGAAUGCUACUGCGGGGCUGGCUACCGUCUCAACUCGGAUGGGUGUGGCUGUGAUGAUGUGGAUGAGUGUCUGGUAGGCAACGGAGGCUGUGACCAUACCUGCCAGAACACAGCCGGCUCCUUCCAGUGCUACUGUCGCCUCGGACACCGGCUAAACGAGAACCGUCUCUCCUGUAUUGCCCUGGAGCGGGCAGUAGAGCUGUUGGAGUGGAGCGGCCGCAUCGCGGUGAAGCUCCCUCCACCCCAGUUCACCCUGCUGAAUGACAACUUCCAGCCGCUGGAGCGCUAUGACGACUAUGAGGAGGACGGCCUGGGAGAGCUCCGGGCCCAGAGCACCCUCACCAAGACCUUUGUGUGUUUAAACGAAACGUUUGGCCAUGACUGCAGCCUGACGUGUGACGACUGCUCCAACGGUGGUGUGUGUGACCUGGAGGAGGGACGUUGUGACUGCCCUGAUGGGUGGACAGGCCUUGUCUGCAACCAGACUUGUCUAGAGGGCACAUUUGGCAGGAACUGCCUCUUCAGCUGUAAGUGUAAGAAUGGUGCCACCUGUGACCCUGUGAGCGGGCACUGUCGCUGCCCACCUGGAGUCAGUGGGGAUCUGUGCCAGGAUGGCUGUCCUAGCGGUCUGUAUGGGAAACUUUGCAAUAAGAAGUGUAACUGUGCCAAUAACGGGCGCUGCCAUCGGACCUACGGAGCCUGCCUGUGUGACCCUGGGCUCUAUGGGCGUUUCUGUCACCUACCGUGUCCUAAGUGGGCAUACGGCCCUGGCUGCUCGGAGGAGUGCCAGUGUUUCCAACAGAACACCCUGGAGUGCCACCGCCGCCAUGGCUCCUGUGUCUGCAAACCAGGCUACCAGGGCAAGAACUGCCAGGAGGAAUGUGACAGAGGAUACUAUGGCCUUGCCUGCAAGAGGACAUGUGGGUGUCCAUCAGGGGUACCCUGUGAUCGUGUGACAGGGGAGUGUCUGCGCCAGUGCCCGCCUGGUUUCCAUGGGGACAACUGUGACCUAGACUGCCUGAAGGGGCGCUACGGGGCUGGAUGUAACCAAUCGUGCCACUGCUCUGGCGCUCCAUGUGACAAGGCGACAGGACGGUGCCACUGUCUUGACGGUGUGACUGGACAGCACUGUGAGACUGAGUGUGAGGAGGGUCGAUGGGGUGUGGGCUGCUCAGGCUCCUGUCCUGACUGUCAGAACGGGGGAGUGUGUGACAAACACAAUGGAACGUGCCGUUGCCAACCUGGAUACAUGGGCACCCUUUGUCAGAGUGUCUGCCCGUUGGGUAGAUUUGGCCAGGGUUGCCAGCUACGCUGUCGGUGUGAUAACGGUGGGCGCUGCCACCCGUUGACGGGCCGCUGUGCCUGUCCUGAAGGAUGGACUGGACCCAGCUGCAGUAGAGGGUGUGACGCCGGGCGUUGGGGGGUGGACUGUGCCAACGUGUGUGAGUGCCCGGACAACGAUGGCAGCUGCGACCUCAUCACGGGACAGUGUCGCUGUGAGGCGGGCUACACAGGACCACGCUGCCAACAGAAGUGCCCAGAGGGCUCCUUCGGCGCUGGCUGCAGACGCAGGUGCCAAUGUGCCAAUGAGGCGGCCUGUGAGCAUAUGGGUGGAGCCUGCACCUGCCUGCCUGGUUGGACAGGCACCUACUGUGAAAAACCGUGCCCUGAAGGAUUCCAUGGGCUGGAGUGUCAGCAGCAGUGUCAGUGUUCUAAUGGGGGGAGAUGUGACCACCUGACAGGGGCCUGCCACUGUCCAGACGGCUGGGUCGGAUCACAAUGCAACACCACAUGCCAAGCUGGGUGGUUUGGCAGUGGGUGUCAACACACCUGUGAGUGCUGUAAUAAUGCCAGCUGUGACCCUGUGAACGGGCAGUGCCAGUGUAUGCCAGGCUGGACCGGCACCAGCUGUGAGAAAGAAUGUCUAGAAGGCUUCUAUGGGUCAGACUGCCUGCAUCACUGCCUGUGUCAGAAUGGUGGUGUGUGUGAUCGUUUCUCCGGGGGAUGCUCGUGCCCCAGCGGGUGGACCGGGGCGGCCUGCGAACUGGAGUGUGCCCAUGGCUGGUUUGGAGCGGACUGUGCUCAGCCCUGUGCGUGUCUGAACAGUGGUGUGUGUGACCGUCACAGUGGAGAGUGCAGCUGUGGCCCAGGCUGGGUAGGACAGCACUGUCAGACAGCAUGUGAGGCUGGCCUGUUUGGCCCAGGGUGUGAGGAGCCGUGUCGAUGUAAACAUGGGCCCGUGUGUGACCACGUCAGCGGAGUGUGUGUGUGUGUCCCUGGCUGGAGGGGACCUCUAUGUGACAGAGCCUGUCUACCUGGCUCCUAUGGGAAGGACUGUGUGCUACGUUGUAACUGUCCCCACGGCACUUCCUGCAACCACGUUUCCGGCGAGUGUGGCUGUCCUCCUGGAUACACUGGCAACGGCUGUGAGCAGAUAUGCCAGCCUGGCACAUAUGGGCUGAACUGUAACCAGGUGUGCCAGUGCCCUGGCACCAACCAGCUAUGCCACCCUGACACCGGCCUCUGCUACUGCACCCCCGGUUACCAUGGUUACAACUGUAAUCAAGAGUGUGACAAAGGACGGUACGGCCCAAACUGCGAGCGGCUGUGCCAAUGUAGGAAUGCUGGUGUGUGCCAGACCACCACAGGCACCUGCCAGUGCCUGUCUGGCUACAUCGGAGCAGACUGCAACAUCACUUGCCCAUCAGGGCGUUAUGGGCAGGACUGUGCCAAGGUGGCUUUGUGUGGGAAGGGGGCAAGGAGUGACCCAGAGACGGGCAGGUGUGUGUGCAAGGUCGGCCAGCGGGGAGAAGACUGCGGACAGGGUUGUGCCCAGGGUUGGUAUGGGGUGGACUGUGGCCAGCUCUGUAACUGCCGUAACAGUGGUAUGUGUGACCCAGUCUCUGGAGGCUGCACCUGCGGACUAGGCUGGACCGGACCCAGCUGUGACAGAGAGUGCCCCUUGGGGAGUUACGGAGCCAACUGCAAACUGCGGUGUGAUUGUAAUAACAAUGGGACGUGCGAUAGAGUGACGGGAGAGUGCCGGUGUGACCCGGGAUACUACGGUCACCUGUGUGAACACGCCUGCCCUGCUGGUUUCCAUGGCCACCGCUGUCAGUUCCAGUGUAAGUGUCGAGGCCACGCCCCCUGUGACCCCAGCACAGGGCACUGUCUCUGCCCUCCUGGUUACCAUGGAUACCGCUGUGAGAAAGAGUGUGAGCAGCGUCGUUUCGGGGUGGGCUGCAUCCAGUCAUGUGACUGCGAAGGGGACACCCCAUGUGACCCCAUGACCGGCCGUUGUCUGUGCCCCCCAGGGAAGAUGGGCACGCAUUGCGACACAGAUUGUCCAGUGAACCGCUACGGCCCGGACUGUUCUGAGAGCUGUGAGUGCAGGAAUGGGGGGUGGUGUGACCCACGGAACGGCCGCUGCACCUGUCUACAUGGCUGGAUAGGACCCACCUGUCAGGAAGGAGGGUCCCUCACGUCUCCACAGCUGGGCAACAGAAAUCAAGAAAAGAGUCACUCACACACUGUCCCAGUAUAGCACCCCCUACUGACUGACCCCCAGCCUCAUACAACUGCGGCCUACUGGUCACUUCUAGAGAUCACAGAGGUCAAAACUGAACUGAAGCGCUCUCAAAACAACAACAUACUGUUUUGUACAGAGAAGGGAGUGCUAUGGCAGGGCCUUGGUGAACUAAAGGGACUUCUGAACUGGAGGUGCCAUUUUGCAGCGUUGUCUAAUCGCAGACUUUGUGGAGUUCAGAUAACACACUACCCUUGACAUCACGGGGAUGACUGUCCUAUACUCCAUCUUACAGGGUGAACUCUUAAAUGUGCUCCAGAGUUAACAGGCUGGGAUAAUUGUUUUUGCCUGCCCUGGAUAAGAGGAUAUUUCUGGGUCAAAUGCCAAAAAGGAUAAAGUCAUGCGAGGUUUACAGAAUUAUUUACUGUAAAAUACAGUUGUUGAAUAUCAUGUACCAUGCUUAACAGUUGUGUAUUUGUGUGUACAUUGCAUGUAUGUUGUGUGUAUGUAAAUGUGUUCAUGUCUACAAUUCAAUCGUGUUGUAAGUAUACUCACGAUAUGGUCA